UGCUGUCCGUCUGCCAUCUUCACUCGACUCCUUCAGCUUCGAGGAGAGUGUCCCAAAUGGUUUUCUUUACAAAUUGAGUUGUACUCAUAUAAGACUCACCUGGAUUACCUUUAGUUCAUUUCUACAGUCAGCGUGUUUUAUUUAAGUGCCGAUCUUGGGGAAAGCAGUCCUGUGAAAAAAUGGUGAAUACUUCCAUCAUCCACCACAAACUGCCCAGCAACACGCCCAUAGACCCGCUACCUCUGGGGCUGCUCAUCGCGGCCUGGGCACUGCUCAUGCUCCUCAUCCUCGCCCUCAACCUGCCCUUGAUGUACAUCUUCUACGCCACGGACCAGCUGCAAAGCAGCCGCGCCAAGUACAUCUUCACCAUGCUCCUGUCAGAUGUGCUGCUGGCUUUGAUCAUCCCGCUAAGAAUUGUGGGGCUGAGGGGACACCUCUCUCCAUACAAGACUGUUUGCCAUGGAAUCCAGUACCUGGAACAGGUUCUGAUCACAGUCAACCUGUACAUAAUCCUGUCAAUGUCGAUGAUCAGAAAGAAGUACAUCAGCCGGGGGCUCGGGUACCGACAGGGGCCAACCGAAACCAACGUUUUCCUGUUCCUCAUCUGGAUAAUCAGUUUCUUCUGCUCUGCCCGGGUACCGCUGCUAGUGGGUGAACCGGAGUUCCAUGACCCGGAUGUUCCAGACGCCUUAGUGUGUCUGAGCUCCAUCGGAAACACUCCUCGGGUCUACUUCCACGAGUUCAUCGUCGAUUACAUCUUACCCAUCUCUGCCAUGCUUUUCUUAAGUCGCAGUGCCAAGAAUUCCCUGUCGCGCCAGAAGCUGAGAGAAGUGGAGAUUGCUGUCCUCAACAAGAGGCACAGUCGUGGCAUCCGCAUGAUCCUGACACUCAUCCUCUGCACGGCGCUGUUGCACUUGCCCAAGCACAUCCUCAUCAUCUACGGCUUCUUGCAGGAUGACAGAGGUAGAGCAUUCUACAUGGUCAACGAGACAUUUCAGCUCCUUGUCUACGCUACCGGCGUCUCUAAUGUUGUCGUCUACUUGAUCUUCAACAGAACUUCCGCUCCAGUCUUCAUCUCCUUCGUCAAGAACAAACAUCAUUCGCUUUUCUUCAAAGAUGAAUCAGCCGAUCGCAGCGUCAAUGAUCCCAGGGCGCCUCUUCCUUCGUCAAAGCAUCGAAAGAAAUAUUCGUCAGGUCCCCCCGACGGCACAAGCUUUCGUUCAGUGGAGCAGACAGAGGGAUCUUAUCCUCCUUCGCAGCAGACGUUACAGACAGAGGGAUCUUAUCCUCCUUCGCAGCCGACGAUUUAUUAAGGCGUGUACCUGGACGAUUCUUUGUGGUGUGAACUUGACUGAGGAGGAUCGGCGAGCAACUGUUUAACUAUGAAGAACGGGGACUCCCGGUCACGGUGCCGAGAUAACUGCAGACUAGGUUGCUUAGUAUGUACUAUCAGUUGUUACAUUAGGUUAAAGGAGUUAUCUAUCAUGUGCUAGCAAGUUGUGUACCGAGUUCCUCCACUGUUUGUGUGUUUUUAGCGUUUUCUGCCCCACGGGAGGUGCGGGAUGUAAACUUUCUUGAAACAGAGUUUGAAAAUAAUCUUAUGAAGUUUAUAACUGAUGUUGGUUAUUAUUGUUGCCUUUCGAUAACAAUUGUCUUAU